AUGCCGCGCCUCGUCACCACUUUCCUCGCCCUCCUCGUCGUCGCUCUCGCACUGUUCGGCACCGUGUCGGCAGUGCCCUCUCCUCAGGACCCGGCCACCGACAACUCCCAGGCCGCCCCUAGCGACAACUCUGACGGCGACGUCGCGCCGUCGCCCAGUCCCGCCGCUGACGCCGUCGCUUCCGACACCGCAGCCUCCCCGUCUGCUUCUGCGGACACUCCUGCCGCGACCGGCGGUCCGAGCGGAGUCCAGACGACCGCGCCUGGCGACCCUAACGGGCCUGAGCUCGAAAUCUCGGAACCCAGCGGCUCGACGGUCGUCAAGCCCGGCGAUGACCUCGCCGUGACGUGGACCGCCGACUCGAACGGCGUCUGGAACCCUAUGACCAUUCAGCUCAUGACCGGCGCCAACAAGCAGAUGAUUCCCCUCGAGACAGUUGGCCAGAACAUUGAUGCCACAAACACCACCUCGUUCAGCUUCAAGGUCCCCGACGUUGACCCCUACUCGCAGAUCUACUUCCUCCAGUUCACCUCGACGGGCGGCGCGCCCUCGUGGUCGACGCGUUUCACCAUCUCGGGAGCUGACGGCACCACUGUCCAGCCCCCUAACACCGAGGUCGUCAAUGGUGAGAACGUCGGUUGGGGUAACGGACAGCUCAAGAACCCUGGCCCCUCUGUUGUCGGCGCCAACCCGACCACCUCCUUGGGCGUCCGGCCCACUGGCGUCAACGGCACCGGCAUUACCCUCUACUCGGACAACCUCCCGACCGGCAUCCCCACCGACGUCUCGACGCACGGCGUCGCAGCCGCUACUGUCGGCGCUCUUCCUGGCACUAAUUCCGGUUCGCUCUCGCUCCGCCCUGUGGCCGCUGUCGUUGCCAUUGUCGCCGGUGCCGCGCUCCUCGUCUAA